AUGUUUCGCAACCCUCGAGAAAAUGUAUCUCUCCCAAUAGACGAGCGAAUCCUGCCUUACGUUGGCCGCGCUCCCUCUCCUCCCGUUUCAGGGCCUCAAUCGAGUCCUUACUUCUCAUUGCCCGCCGGCUACGCAAAAGAGGCUGCAGACCGCUCCACAAAGAAGCGAUAUCCAAUGUCCAAGACUCCAGCCGCUGGUCGCCAGCCCGCCUCCAAGAUCCCUUCAGGGAAGAAGGCCGGGUCUGGUCAGAAUCAGAGCAUCCUCAACUUCUUUGCAAAGUCGGACAGGAAUAAUCUAAACGGACCAAAUGCAAGCACUCCUCCUCCGCUGUUUUUUAAGGAUGUACAGGAAGAGCCCAGGCUGGGUGAGGCAGAUACCCGAUUCCACGAAGACGGCGGGUCUGUCAAGAAGAGGCGGAUCAACGACGAUGACGACUUCGAAGACAUUGUCCGCACACCUUCCCCUAGACUUGAGGGUUGCGCUAGCGAGGCCAUGAAUGAACAGAACCCACAAAACGGGAAUACAGAGCUAAUAAACCAACCCAAGAAGUACAGAGGCGGAUUCCUGGACGACUCAAGCGACGAGGAAGAUAAUGAUUGGACUGCAGCCAUCAAUAGCGCUCCCAAUGACGCCGAUAUCACAGAUAAAGUACGAGAAACCGGGAACAUGGAGUCUUUGGGCGACAUUGACGUCGAUGCAGGAUCCGGUACGACAAAAUUUCCCUCCAAGCAAUCUGACUCGGGCACUGCUUCCAGGAGAAUCCAUUCCGAGGACCAAGAUAGGUAUGAAGAUCCAAAAAUCUCUCGAAGGGAUGUCCCACUCUUGACGCGUGAAGCCACAAACGUUUUCGAGCCUGGAGAAUUCGGCGACGACUUUGAGAACGACGAAUUCUUUGAAGGAGGGGAAGAAUACAUGGAGCGCAGAUGGAUGGAGGAGCAACGAGAGAUGGGGAUGGAAUUUGACGACGAGGACUCAAAGUCGGAGGCUGAAGGCAUUAGGACCCCUCGGAGUGCAGUCGAAAAUGAUGUCCAAAUCGAAGCUGAGGAAACUCAUGGAGUUUCUGUCUGUCCAAUAUGUAAUGGGAGCAUGAGAGCAUUAUCCGAAACUCAGGCGUCGGCUCAUGUCAAUGCCUGCCUUGAUGGCAAUGCUGAACCACUACCAAAAGAGACCGAAUUUAAGACAGCGAUCGAUACUGACGCCUUCAGCGAGCCCGGUGCAGCCGCUUCUGCCUCGAAACGCUUUCAGCGUGCAGCAAUUGCUCGUCCUGCCCAAUCCAAUCCUUUUGCCGUGUCGAAAAAUGCAAAAGGAGGCUCCGCUUUUGCUAGGCUCAUGUCUGGCCAUGCAGAAGACGCUGCUUGGGCUGAAGCCGCUGCUCAUGAGGCGCAGUCUCGUGGGAAACCGGCGUAUCAGCGGACUUGCCCCUUUUAUAAAAUCAUGCCUGGUCUUUACAUCUGUGUCGACGCCUUCCGAUACGGCAAGGUUGAAAAUCAGAAUGCAUACUUUCUCAGUCAUUUCCACAGUGACCACUACAUUGGUCUCACGUCCUCGUGGUGCCAUGGUCCGAUCUACGCCAGCAAAGUCACCUGCAACCUUAUGAUUCAGCAGCUGAAAGUCGAUCCAAAAUGGGUAGUUCCCCUCGAAUUCGAGAAAAAGGUCGAGAUCCCGAACACAAAGGGAGUCUUCGUCACCAUGAUUCCUGCCAACCAUUGUCCUGGCUCGUCGCUCUACCUCUUCGAAAAGGUCAUGGGUAAGAACAAAGAUGGAUCCCCGAAACUGACUCGAAUUCUGCAUUGUGGUGACUUUCGGGCUUGCCCUGCGCAUGUCGCUCAUCCCCUUCUACGGCCUGAUGUUGUUGACGGCGUUAGCGGCCUGACAAAGCAGCAAGUCAUUGACACCUGCUACCUGGACACGACGUAUCUGACCCCAAAAUACGCAUUUCCCAGCCAGCACGACGUCAUUGACGCUUGUGCUCAGAUGUGUGUUAGUCUAUCGAAGGAGAUUGUGGAUGAAAACGACGAUUGGGAGAAAGUCAAAGCCAACCGCGCCGGUAGUACGAUGAAGAAGUUUCUCGAACAGGGCGAAACCAAUAUCAACAAGACAAAUGACGAGGAGACAGAAACGAAACCAAAAAUGAGAGGACGGCUUCUCGUCGUCAUUGGCACCUAUUCGAUUGGCAAGGAGCGGAUCUGCCUAGGAAUCGCCAAAGCGCUGAACUCCAAGAUCUAUGCUCCUCCCUCAAAGAUGCGCAUCUGCUUAUGUCUCGAAGAUCCCGAACUUAACGCCCGACUAACCAACAACCCGCUCGAAGCACAGGUCCACAUGCAAACGUUAAUGGAGAUCCGAGCCGAAACACUGCGCGACUACAUGAUGACCUAUAAAGGCCACUUCGCCCGCGUAGUCGGCUUCCGGCCGACAGGCUGGUCCUAUCGUCCUCCAACGUCACGCUUCACUGAGAACCCCGCCGUCAGUACCGUCCUGCAUUCCGACGGCUGGAAAACGCGAUACACGAUGCAUGACCUGGCUCCUCAGCGUGGAAGCACCCGGGAAUCCAAUUGUUUUGGGGUCCCGUACUCAGAGCACAGCUCCUUUCGAGAGUUGACCAUGUUUUGCUGCGCGCUGCGCAUCAACCGGAUUGUGCCAACGGUGAAUGUGGGCAGUGCGAGGACUAGAGAGAAAAUGAAGGCGUGGAUUGAGAAGUGGGAGGCGGAAAAGAGGAAGAAUGGUUUGUUUACGGUCCAGGCUGAGGCCGAGGGUUGGGGGAGCGGAGAUGGCCAGUUGAGUUACGGAGUGUAA